AUGCCCUUUGCACCUACCGAAUUCCAAAUCGAAGGCAAAGGCACAGAACAAGACAGAAAAUGUCCCGGUGCAGAGUUGCCUCCGAGGGUUCCUAUUUGCUCCUGUCGCUACUUGAGAGCCACCAACCCAAUCUGGCACAGAUGUGCGGUAGUGAUCCCCGGAAGGAUGGUGCGACUGGACGUCGACGUCGAGUCGGGGAAGCCAAAAUGGACCGACUUAUGCCGGACCUUGACAUUCACGGGAACUCGCGUGGUGGGCCGUUGCUCCUCGUGCCGAGCGGUCGCCCCUUUGUCGGGCUGCUUUCUCUUUUGA